AUGGCCAGUGGCAGAGAUUCGGACAGCGAGCCGGCAGUGCCCCAGGAGGAGGAGGAGGUGGAGGGCCGGGACGUGAAGGCUGUGCAAGCCCAUUACCUGCGCAGCCCCUCGCCCAGCCGGUAUUCAGUGAUAUCAGACACAGACACAGAGAGCAUCUUCAUGGAGCCAAUCCAUCUGUCAUCUGCUGUGGCUGCCAAACAAAUCAUCAGUGAAGAGCUGAAGACAAAGGACGUCAGGGUGGACUCGGUGUGUCACAGGAUGUUGGAGUCUGCGCAGCAGCUGAUGGUGGAGGACCUGUACAACCGAGUUAAGGAGAAGAUUGAUGACACCAGCUUGUUUAACACGCCAUGUGUGAUGGACUUGCAGAGGGCACUCAUGAAGGACAGGCUGGAGACCCCCAGGGACGCUGUGGAUGAAGUCUGGCCUAAUGUCUUCAUAGCAGAAAAAAGUGUUGCAGUGAACAAAAGCCGUUUGAAGAGACUGGGGAUCACCCAUGUCCUGAAUGCAGCUCAUGGCACAGGUGUCUACACAGGAGCAAGUUUCUACAAUGGUCUCAAUAUCCAGUACCUGGGCAUUGAAGUGGAUGAUUUUCCAGACACAGAUAUCUCCAAACAUUUCCGCCCAGCUGCAGAAUUCCUUGAUGAAGCCCUGCUGACUUACAGAGGCAAAAUCCUUGUCAGCAGUGAGAUGGGGAUCAGCCGCUCAGCUGUGCUGGUGGCUGCCUACCUGAUGAUCUACCACCACAUGACUGUUCUGGAGGCUCUGAUGACUCUGAGGAAGAAGCGUGCCAUCUACCCCAAUGACGGCUUCCUGAAGCAGCUGCGGGAGCUCAAUGAGCAGCUCUUGGAGGAGCGAGAGCUGGAGCGUUCUGGAGAGGAGGACGUGACUCCAAGCCAAAGUCCUCUUCCCUGUGCAGGGACUUCUUCACGGCUGUCUGGAGAUGAGGACUCAGGGAGCAUCAAGGGAGCCAAAGCCCACUCCAUCACAGUAGAAGAAGAGGACACCAGCAGCAUUCUGGGUAGUUUUAUGACCUCUUCAUCUGUGGAAAAAACUAGUUGGGUUUCCAAACACUCCACGCUGAUCACUGAGGAGGAAGAGGAACAAUUGUAUGAAGAAUGGAGGAGGAAACAAGGCCUAUCUGCAAAGGAAGCAGGAGUUCACCAUGAAAGAAGAACAUCUCCAAAGCAUCUGGAUCAGGAAGAGGAACAAUCUGAUGAGGAUGUGGAACGGAGGAUCCAUGAUUGGCAGCGCAGAAAUGAGAAAUACCAGAUGACAGGUAGAGCCAGGGAGGAGGAUGGCGAAUGCAGCAUGGGAGGAAGACCUUACCCAUCAGGUGAAUUCAGUGAUGUUGAAAGUGUAAGCAGUUUUGAGAUACGAACCCUAAAAAAGCAGGUGGAAGCCAGUAGCUUUAGCAGGAUGAGGAGGAGCCGCACAGACUCUAUGUCUUCUGAGAGCACCUGGGACAUGUGGAAUCAGAGGCUUUUGGAGAUUGAGAAAGAAGCUGCUCAGAGGUAUCAUUCUAGGAAUAAAACCUGUGGGGAGAGACAAUCCCCAGAAACAGGAAGAAAGGAGAGGGAUGUGGAUGAGGAGAGUGUGUUUUCAGACUCCUCCUGUAGCUCCUUCUACAAUUUCUGCCAAAAGAACAAGGACAGGUUGACUCCUCUAGAAAGGUGGAAGAUCAAGAGGAUCCAGUUUGGCUUUCACAAGAAGGAUUUAGAACCAUCAUCUGCACCAUCUCCAGCAGAGGAUGGCAGCCAGGCAGGUCAGGAGGAAACUGAAGGGAAGAGUUUGUCAGAUAUUGAUCUGACUGCUUACCAGGCUUGGAAAAUGAAGCGGCAGAAGAAGGUGGGCAGUGAAAGCAGCAAGGAGGAAUUUGUGGAAUUUGCCAAAACUGAGGAUUCUGCUUCAGCUAAAAAGAAGCAGAGGCGUGUAGAGCUCCUUGAACGUUCAAAGAAAAUUUUAGAAGAAAGCCAGUCCAUGUGCAGCUGGGAGACAGAGAGUACAAUGAGUGGGAGUAUUCCCCUGUCAGCUUUCUGGCCUUCAGCACCUUCUGCAAGCGCUGCCGACGAUGCAGCUUCAGCCCUGAGCAUGCAGACAAAUCAUUCAUCUUUGUCGCAGGCCAGGAGUUGUACUGGAGCAAGGCAGCUGCCAAAUAUACCCCUUCCCAAUCUCCCAGUUGGCCCAGGUGACACAAUAUCCAUGGCAAGCAUUCAGAACUGGAUCGCUAACGUGGUCAGUGAAACCAUUGCUCAAAAGCAGAAUGAGAUCCUGAUGCUGUCCCGUCCUUCGUCCGCCAUGGCCUCCCUGUCAGGAGACCUUGGCAGGCGAACAGAUGAUGACAAGGUUUCUCUUCUCAGUGCUCAGAGUGGCUCAUCCCUCGCUGCCUCUCAGCUCCACCAGCAGGACCUGCGCAGGGCUGAGUCUCAGUCUGUGCUGUCUUGCAACACCUCUGUGAGCGCAAGGACAGAAGGGACUACUUCAAACAUGAACAUGACCCAGACAAGCAAACCACUGUACAGCCUCUUUGCUGAUGAUGUUGACCUAAAGACACUCAGGAGGAAGGAGAAGGAGAUGCAAAUGGAAAUGAGAGAAAAAAUGUCAGACUAUCAAAUUGAAAAGGUGAUCAGAGACAAUAAACGCAGCACUUUGUUUAAAAAAAAGGUGACCAAAGCAGAGGAAAAUGAAACAGAAGAUGACAGAGAGAGUGCAACAAACAGCCACAGGCGUCACUUGCAAGCAGAUUUUGACAGAACUGAUGCAGUCUUCGAUCUGUCCAGUCAACCUGCAACCUCAGGUGCACCAAAGUCAGAGGUAGAUACUGAUAUUACCAAGUGGCUCAAUGGCCUGAAAGCAGAAAGAGAACCACCGUCAUAUUAUGAUCAGACUGAGAAAGCUAGAGAGAAAUAUAGAUCAUCCAAAGUUAGACAGAUGGAUUCUGAGACAUCCAGUUAUAGAUUCUGCAGAUCCCAAAGAAAAGAGCUAGAUAGCUGUUCUUCCUACGAGUCAACAGGAGAUUCACUGAGAACCAUGUCAAGAUUUUCCUCUGCUUCUGCAAAAGAGGACAAAAAGAUGUACAAGUUCACAAGGUCCAGGGUCAGUGAGACAAGUUCCAGAGGAAACAGCCCAGAGCUGCAUGUUUUCAGCCAGUCACCUGAACCACCCUUUGACUCUGAAUCCCCUGAACCAUCUACACAGAGCCGAGUAAGAGCUCAUCAUGUGGAGGCAUGUGAAGAGGAGGCCAGGUCAGACGUGUCAGAAUGUGGAGCAAAGAGAAAGUUCACCCAAAGCUUUUCAAAGUCUGAAGAGGAUGGAAAGAAGGAGGCAAAAGUGGAGCAAAGUGAAGAAAGGUUUGCAUCUAGGCAGGUCUCUCAGUACAGGCGAAGCACACGUAAAGAAGAGGAAGAAGAGAUGGAUGAUGAUGCAAUUAUUGCUGCUUGGAGAAGCCGACUAGAAGAAACUACAGCAAAGCUCCAGCGGAGAAGGGAAGAGUGACCAAGAUCAGACUACAGGAACACAAGCAGAGCCACAGAGUCCCUGAAUCACUCAGUCAUCAUUAUAUUUUUGAUAAUCCUUUGUGGUUUGUAGGGCAUUUCCUGCAGAUAGUUCUCUUCUUAAUCAAAAGCGA